AUGUCCCGCCGAGCACCACCCCGCGACUACGACGAGCAAGAUGAAUUCUACGAGAUGGAACGAGAGCGCGAGCGAGACCACAGGCCGCGCCGACGAGAUCGCGACUAUGAAGAAGAUGUUGAAUAUCGUCGCCGAAGGUCUGAGCCCCUAGUCGAGGAUAUGGAGCGGAUGCACGUCCGAGAACGUCCCAGGCGAGACUUCAUGGAAGAGAGCUUUGCGCCACCGCGAGCACGGGAUGAUGUGGUUCUCAUGCGGUCAAGGGAGGAGGUAGAUAUGGUCUCGCCUGAGCGAUAUAUGCCUCUAGACCGCGAUGAUGCCUAUAUGCGGCCGUCUGGGUCCCGGCGUAGACCUCGUCCUCGUGAGCUAGACGAGGCAGAUUUUGGUUUUGAGGAACGAGAGAGACGCCGGGGCAGUCGACGUCAACCGCGAGACGUCGACGAGGAUUUGAUUUCCGAGGAGAGAGAAAGACGUGGAGAUGGAAGGCAUCGUCCUGAGCGAGAGCGAGAAGUCGAAGACGAUCUUUUCAUUGACGAAAGAGCAACGCGUGGAGAUAGGAAACAUCGUCCAGCAAGGGAGCGAGAAGUUGAAGGCGAUCCUUUCAUCGACGAAAGAGAAAGGCGUCGAGACAGAAGGCAUCGCCCGGAGCGAGAAUCCGAAGAGGAUCUUCUGUUUGAGGAAAGACUAAGGGAAAGAGGCAGUGGUAGGAGGCGUCGUCCAGAGCCAGAAUUAGAGGAGGACGAGGAACUCAUCGUCGAACGGGAAAGACGCCGAGGAAGUAGGCGCCAUCCUCGGGAACUUGAAGAGGAUGGUUUGAUUAUUGAAGACAGAGAAAUACACAGAGGAAGUAGGCGUCACCCAGAACGAAGGUCUGAGGACGAUCUUCUCUUUGAGGAGAGAGAAAAACGCCACCGCAGGCGGCGUCCAGAAAGAGACUUCGAAGAGGACCUCUUAGUUGAGGGACGGGGGAAACAUGGAGGAAGAAGACACAGACCAGAGCGCGAAUUCGAGGAAGAGGAAAUGGUAAUCCGACGGAAAGAAAGGGAAGAGCCUCCUCUACGUCGCGGAUGGGACAGUGAAAUCGAUAUUCGAUCGCGUGAAAGAAGAUUGGAGUUUGAGGACGAAGAGCCACACCACCGACCACGGCCACGGCCUCCGCCUCUCCAAAGGGUCGAGGUGGAAGAGGUCCUCCUUGACAAUGCGCCCCCAGAGCGACGCCGAGGCCCGAUCGAUUUUCCAGAUCGAGAAUAUGAAGACGAUGAUGUGGUCAUCCGGCGAAAGGACAAAGGACCAGGGCUGGUCGACCGCGUUGAUGAGGAGGAAAUAGUUAUACGCGGACGUGAAAAACGACGCAGUGUACCUUCCGAGGAUCUCGAACGUGAAUUAAGAGGUCUUCGACGAGGGGGUGGGGAACAGAUUCCACUGGAUGAAGAGCUUAGCAUGCGCUCACAGUUUGACUCCAAGUCACGCUCCCGAGACCUUGAAGAGGUUAAGGAAGAGAUCAGUAUUCGGAAAACAAAGGACAAGCUCCCAUCUCGCCAGCCGUCACCUUCUUUGGAUUCGAUACAUGUACCCCCAAUCCACCAAGACGUGUUUACCCAUCAUAGGCACAUUGACCAUGGCUAUGAAGACGCUCAUACACCUCGUGUGCGCAGCCCAGAAGCGCGAUCCCGGAGAGGUAGUUUUGAUGAAAUUGAUAUUCAGCAUCGAAAGAUGCGAGGUGGACGAAUGUCAGAGGAAAACAUAGUCCUCAAACACCGUGACAGUGAAGAGUCUCUUGCUCCCGAAGACUCAAUAUCUCCCACUAGCGGCCCAGCUUUUGAUUUCAACGACCCGUGGGAGCGGGAGACAAAACCCGCAACUCGUCGUCGACCCAAGCCGCUAGACGAUGAGAGCGAGUUAUCUUACAGCCACGAAAUAAGGGAUGCCGCUUCCAUGCGUGAUCUGGAAAAGGAUAUAAUGAUCGAGAGCACCCGGAUAGUAAACAAGGCCUCUAGAGGCACGGACGACUGGUCUGUGGUGCAUGCUCCAUCCCAGGACGAAGCUAUUGAGAUGACCGGAGGUCUGGACGUUGUUGAGGUCAAACCUCGACAUGCGUCAGUGGAUGAAGCGGAAAUGGGACGGAUUGCCCAGCAGGUCACAGACCCGGAGGAGACGCGAAAUGACCGGUGGACCGAAAUACCGAAGAGAUUGGUAGUGAGGGAAGCUAUUGAACAAAUGGGGUUCGAGUAUGAAGAGACGAGGACGUGCUACUACAUCUUCUCGUACCUCAAGCCGGAGGACAUAGAUGAGCUUGUCGAAUUGUCCGACGAGAUUCGAAGUGCUCGUCGCAGACGCAUCCGUGACAUCCAGCGGGAGCGGGCCUCCGUGCCUGAUAUAAUACCCCCUAUUAGGCCUCGUGUGGGAAUGCCUCCGCGGGUACGGAUGGUAGAGAAGCGGAUGCAAGAUAUUCGAGAUCGAGAAUGGAUGCAUUCUCGGAGGUAA